AUGAAACUAAUCACUGUUCGCUGUCAGAUAAAGAGUAAUAGACGGAAAUUACUAUUUGAUGCACGUCUACAGACAGUUGAUCGCCGAAAGGAACAAAUCGCCAGAAUGAAACAAACUGAAAUGAAACGAUUUGACGACUGCCGAAAUGACACCAACUUUCAUUCGGAAACUAAUCGCCGGAAUGAAACAAAUUGCCGCCGCCGCAUUGCGCGGGCAUGGAAAUAUGGAAUAUCCUCGGUUGACUCCAAUCAAUUUUUGGAAAGUUUUUAUUGUGGCACGUGGCAUCCGGCGCCUAUAACGUCUCGCCCUCCUUACCAAACUUCCGUGAGCCUCUCGUUAUCGCCGCGGCCGGCAGCACCACCAUUUGAAGGCGGAGCUGAUUGUUAA